AUGAUCAAAGCCAUCUUCUACAGCAAAUUCGAUACGCAAGAGGGCCCCAAGGUCGUCCACCAAGUCCCCGAUGGCGCUAUCGUUCCGUCCGCGACCGCUCCCUCGCAGCCGCUCUUUCUCACUUUCUCCGACAUCUCCUUUUUCGUGAUCCCCCGACAGGAGCUCUGCGGAAACCUGAUCCACGUGUGCACCAACGGCUACCGCAUCCUGGGCUACCCGAUCUGCAUGAAAUCCGUCCGCUACGAUCGCAAUGAGUUCAUCUUCAACUUCUGCAUCGUCCUCGCGGAGGAGGACGACUUCAGCACGUACAAGAGCGUCGUCCAGAAACUCGCCGAUCUCAUGCACGGCCUCGAGGAGCAGAGCGGGUUCUUGUCGCGCGACCACUCCAAGAGCGGCGAGGGCAAGGUCUACAGCUUGUACCGGUCCACCCGUCCCGAUCCUGCGUCCAUCACUAAUUCCGCAGACGACUUGAACACCCUGAACAUCAAGCUCUUCCCGAUAUACCCGUCGCCGCCGCACGUCCGGGCCUGGCAUGUCCCCCUCUUCACCGUCCGCUACCAGACCUUCAUGGACGAGAACUGGGACCUCACCAUGCAGCGCAUCGUCCCGCACAUCAACGGCGUCAACAGCGUCCGCAUCAUCUCCAUCCUCGCCGACACAGACUUCUCCCUGACCUGCCGCGCCGUCCGCCACCUCCUCUACUACGGCUGUCUGUUCCUGCUGGACAUCUUCUCCUUCUCCGCCAUCUACGCCCCCACCGCCCAGUUCAGCUCCUCCAUCGCCUCCGACGAGGACAUGCAGCGCGAAUGUGCCCGCUACGUCAACACCCUCUUCGCCCCCACCACCACCGCUUCCCUUACCAACCCCCCGCGCUUCACCGACCCGGACGCCGUCUGGCCGCCCGUCGAAGACGCCCCCGCGCCAGGUGCAAGCGAUCUCACCAGCUCCAGCCGCAGCCCGUCCCCCCUCCCCAGCUCCGUCGCGACAGACCCGCACCACCACGUCUCCCCCGACGCCGACGCCGCCCCGGCCGUCCCUGACGUCGUCGACGGCGUCGGCCUCGUCGAGCUGUACGCCAGCCUCAAACAGGGCCAGAACGUGAAACAGUGGUACAUGCAGCACAGCCGGCAGCUCGCGCACAUCGACAUCCGCCGCUUCAUCACCUUCGGCAUCAUCAAGGGCUUCCUGUACCGCGUGCACAAGUACGCCUAUGCCACGGGGCUGCCCGCCCCGCGGCCCGUCCUCGCGCGGGCCCGGCACCGGCACGAAUACCCCCUACGCCACGAGUGCCGGCGAAGACCCCGCGCCUAUUGCGCAGGCGGCCAGCUCGGCGCACAGCGGGAGUCGGUCGGGGCUGCUGGGUGA